CGGGCCGAGGCUGUGGGACAGAGACCGCGAGGGAGGCGGCCGGCGCGGGCUCUCGCCACGGGCGCAGCGCCCCUUCCCCUCGGACCCUCCGGUGGACAUGGGUGGGGCCCUGGGGCCGGCCCUGUUGCUCACCUCGCUCUUCGGUGCCUGGGUGGGGCCAGGUCGGGGGCAGGGCGAGCAGGGAAUGACGGUGGCCGUGGUGUUUGGCAGCUCAGGGCUGCCCCAGGCCCAGGGCCGUGCCCGCCUCACCCCCCAGAGCUUCCUGGACCUGCCCCUGGAGAUCCAGCCGCUCACAGUGGGGGUCAACACCACCAACCCCAGCAGCCUUCUCACCCACAUCUGCGGCCUCCUGGGUGCUGCCCGCAUCCACGGUAUUGUCUUUGAGGACAACGUGGGCACCGAGGCGGUGGCCCAGAUCCUUGACUUCAUCUCCUCCCAGACCCAUGUGCCCAUCCUCAGCAUCAGUGGAGGCUCUGCUGUGGUCCUCACCCCCAAGGAGCCGGGCUCCGCCUUCCUGCAGCUGGGCGUGUCCCUGGAGCAGCAGCUGCAGGUGCUGUUUAAAGUGCUGGAGGAGUACGACUGGAGCGCCUUCGCCGUCAUCACCAGCCUGCACCCGGGCCACGCGCUCUUCCUGGAGGGCGUGCGCGCCGUCGCCGACGCCAGCCACGUGAGCUGGCGGCUGCUGGACGCGGUCACGCUGGAGCUGGGCCCGGGAGGGCCGCGCGCGCGCAUCCAGCGCCUGCUGCGCCAGCUCGACGCGCCCGUGUUCGUGGCCUACUGCUCGCGCGAGGAGGCCGAGGUGCUCUUCGCCGAGGCGGCGCAGGCCGGCCUGGUGGGGCCCGGCCACGUGUGGCUGGUGCCCAACCUGGCGCUGGGCAGCACCGAUGCGCCCCCCGCCACCUUCCCCGUGGGCCUCAUCAGCGUCGUCACCGAGAGCUGGCGCCUCAGCCUGCGCCAGAAGGUCCGCGACGGCGUGGCCAUUCUGGCCCUGGGCGCCCACAGCUACUGGCGCCAGCACGGAACCCUGCCAGCCCCGGCGGGGGACUGCCGUGCUCACCCUGGGCCCGUCAGCCCUGCCCGGGAGGCCUUCUACAGGAACCUACUGAAUGUCACCUGGGAGGGCCGAGACUUCUCCUUCAGUCCUGGUGGCUACCUGGUCCAGCCCACCAUGGUGGUGAUCGCCCUCAACCGGCACCGCCUCUGGGAGCUGGUGGGGCGCUGGGAGCAUGGCGUCCUAUACAUGAAGUACCCCGUGUGGCCUCGCUACAGUGCCUCUCUGCAGCCUGUGGUGGACAGUCGACACCUGACGGUGGCCACGCUGGAAGAGCGGCCCUUUGUCAUCGUGGAGAGCCCUGACCCUGGCACAGGAGGCUGUGUCCCCAACACCGUGCCCUGCCGCAGGCACAGCAACCACACCUUCAGCAGCGGGGACAUGGCCCCCUACACCAAGCUCUGCUGUAAGGGAUUCUGCAUCGACAUCCUCAAGAAGCUGGCCAGGGUGGUCAAAUUCUCCUACGACCUGUACCUGGUGACCAACGGCAAGCAUGGCAAGCGGGUGCGCGGCGUAUGGAACGGCAUGAUUGGGGAGGUGUACUACAAGCGGGCAGACAUGGCCAUCGGCUCCCUCACCAUCAAUGAGGAGCGCUCCGAGAUCGUAGACUUCUCUGUGCCCUUCGUGGAGACGGGCAUCAGUGUGAUGGUGGCUCGCAGCAAUGGCACUGUCCCCUCGGCCUUCUUGGAGCCAUAUAGCCCUGCGGUGUGGGUGAUGAUGUUUGUCAUGUGCCUCACUGUGGUGGCCAUCACCGUCUUCAUGUUCGAGUACUUCAGCCCCGUCAGCUACAACCAGAACCUCACCAGAGGCAAGAAGUCCGGGGGCCCAUCUUUCACUAUUGGCAAGUCCGUGUGGCUACUGUGGGCACUGGUCUUCAACAACUCAGUGCCCAUCGAGAACCCGCGGGGCACCACCAGCAAGAUCAUGGUUCUGGUCUGGGCCUUUGCUGUCAUCUUCCUCGCCAGCUACACGGCCAACCUGGCCGCCUUCAUGAUCCAAGAGCAAUACAUCGACACUGUGUCGGGCCUCAGUGACAAGAAGAGUCUCCAUUUGGAAAACACAGGAGUGGCCUGGACAGCCUUUAAGACCUUCUGCUCUGACUAUGCAAGUCCACACUGGGGCUGGGCUCUGGGGUUUCAGCGGCCUCAAGAUCAGUACCCACCUUUCCGCUUCGGCACGGUGCCCAACGGCAGCACAGAGCGUAACAUCCGCAGUAACUACCGUGACAUGCACACCCACAUGGUCAAGUUCAACCAGCGCUCGGUGGAGGACGCGCUCACCAGCCUCAAGAUGGGGAAGCUGGAUGCCUUCAUCUAUGAUGCUGCUGUCCUCAACUACAUGGCAGGCAAGGACGAGGGCUGCAAGCUGGUCACCAUUGGGUCUGGCAAGGUCUUUGCCACCACUGGCUACGGCAUCGCCAUGCAGAAGGACUCCCACUGGAAGCGGGCCAUAGACCUGGCGCUCUUGCAGUUCCUGGGGGAUGGAGAGACACAGAAACUGGAGACAGUGUGGCUCUCGGGGAUCUGCCAGAAUGAGAAGAAUGAGGUGAUGAGCAGCAAGCUGGACAUCGACAACAUGGCAGGCGUCUUCUACAUGCUGCUGGUGGCCAUGGGGCUGGCCCUGCUGGUCUUCGCCUGGGAGCACCUGGUCUACUGGAAGCUGCGCCACUCGAUGCCCAACACAUCCCAGCUGGACUUCCUGCUGGCUUUCAGCAGGGGCAUCUACAGCUGCUUCAGCGGGGUGCAGAGCCUCGCCAGCCCACCGCGGCAGCCCAGCCCACUCACGGCCAGCUCGGCCCAGGCCAGCGUGCUCAAGAUGCUGCAGGCGGCCCGCGACAUGGUGACCACGGCGGGCGUGAGCAGCUCCCUGGACCGCGCCACUCGCACCAUCGAGAAUUGGGGUGGAGGCCGCCGUGCGCCCCCACCGUCUCCCUGCCCGACCCCGCGGUCCUGGCCCCAGCCCAUGCCUGCCCACCCCGGUCCGCCCCCACAGCCGAGCCCCGGGCAGGGGACCGCCAGGCGGGGUCGCGCGGCGCUUGUGCGCAGGGCUCAGCAGCCCCCGGGCCGCCCCCCGACGCCGGGGCCGCCCCUGUCCGACGUCUCCCGAGUGUCGCGCCGCCCAGCCUGGGAGGCGCGGUGGCCGGUGCGGGCCGGGCACUGCGGGAGGCACCUCUCGGCCUCCGAGCGGCGCGCCCUCCCAGAGCGACCCCUGUCGCUCACGCGCUGUCACUACAGCUCCUUUCCUCGAGCCGACCGAUCCGGCCGCCCCUUCCUCCCGCUCUUCCCGGAGCCCCCGGAGCCGGAGGACCUGCUGCUGCUCGGGGCAGAGCAGCUGGCCCGGCGGGAGGCCCUGCUGCACGCGGCCUGGGCCCGGGGCUCGCGCCCGCGCCACGCUUCCCUGCCCAGCUGCGUGGCCGAGGCCUUCGCUCGGCCCAGCUCGCUACCCGCUGGGUGCACCGGCCUCGCCUGCGCCCGCCCCGACGGCCACUCGGCCUGCAGGCGCUUGGCGCAGGCGCAGGCGCAGUCGAUGUGCCUGCCGAUCUACCGGGAGGCCUGCCAGGAGGGCGAGCAGGCAGGGGCCCCCGCCUGGCAGCACAGACAGCACGUCUGUCUGCACGCCCACGCCCACCUGCCAUUUUGCUGGGCGGCUGUCUGUCCUCACCUUCCACCCUGUGCCAGCCACGGCUUCUGGCUCCCUGGAGCCUGGGGGCCUCUGGGGCACAGGGGCAGGACUCUGGGGCUGGGCACAGGCUACAGAGACAGUGGGGGACUGGACGAGGUCAGCAGGGUAGCCUGUGGGACGCAAGGCUUCCCGGGACCCUGCACCUGGAGACGGAUCUCCAGUCUGGAGUCAGAAGUGUGAGUUAUCAGCCACCCAGGCUCCGAGCCAGCUGGAUUCUCUGCCUGCCACUGUCAGGGUUAAGCGGCAGGCAGGAUUGGGCUUUUCUGGCUUCUACCAUGAAAUCCUAGCCAUGGGACCCCAAUGACAGAUGAUGUCUUCCAUGAUCAUCAGUGGCCUCAGUAGCCUCAAAUCAUGGUGAGGGCUGGGCUUUUGCUGUCCUCUUAUCAUGCAGAAUUCUGCCAGGAGGGUGUGCUGUGGGGGUCAGACUCCUGAGGUUCUCCCUGCCCUGGGGCUAGCCAGUUAUUGGUCACGGCAGCUGUGGGCAUGGAGGCUGGAACUUGUGGUUGAGGCAGGGCCAUCCUGAUCCUUGCUCUACCUGGCUGGAGUUGCUUCUCAUCAGAGCACUGGGACAUUAAACCAACCUUUUACAACA